AUGACUUUGGAGCGUUCGUUCUAUGCCCACAGCUAUGAAGCGCAAGGCCUUCUCUCUCCCUUGGGCCCCGGCCUCUUGCACCUAGCUCACAACUACACCUUGGACGAUUCGCCGGGCACACAGACGGCUCCCUCCAGACACUCGGGCAUUGACGGCAGAAACAGUUCAAUCGUACAGGCCUCGCUCUCUGGAGCACUGCUCUUGCUCUAUGUCUUGCGCUUCCUGCUUCCUAAAGCACCUCAGUGGUGCAGUAGAUUCGCCCAGGAAGAUGCUUGGCUGAGUGCGCCGCACUCUAAGCGGUGGUCACUGCCAUCUCUUGCCCUUCUUCUGCUCUCAAUUGGAGGCUUAGUUCUCGCCGUCUUCUCUGCAUCGGCUACCCCCAGAAGGGUAUGGACAUGGCUGGACUUGGUUCCUUGGGCAGUAUCCAUCCUAUUCACCGUCAUUGAGCGGCCGCGCAAGACACCCAAGGCUUUAUUGACUGUAUAUCUUAUCAUCGCUUUUGGUUUAAUCUACACCCUCUACGCCACGUACGCUGAGCUACGGCAGCUCAAUGUGCUUAACAUUGCGGAACUAUGCAUCUCAAUUGGAGCUGUCAUAGUCAUCUUGUCCAUGCCGAUGAGGAAUCCUGCCCUGAGCACCGACGGUAUUGCAGGGCCUCAUGACAAGGCAACAAAUGAGCUACGAAGCCCCGAGGACAGGUUGACCCUGUGGCAAUUCAUGACCGUAUCGUGGAUGACUCCAUUGAUCAAGAUAGCUUCGAAGAAGACGCUCAAUGACGAUGAUGUCUGGUUGCUUCCAUUCGAAUUUCAGCACAGCCGCCUCCAUAUGCUCUUUCGGAACCUCCAAGGAUCCCUCAUAUGGAGACUGAUUUUGGCAAACGGCCUCGAUCUCAUGAUUACGACAUCCUUGGGAAUCCUGGAAAUGGUUGCCAACUUGUCGAAUCCAGUCCUGCUUCAGCGCCUGAUUGCUAGUAUCGAAACGGCUGAGGGUUACAGGACUGAAUCUGUUUUUUAUGCCAUUUCUCUUCUGCUAGUGAGGCUCAUAGCUGCACAAUCGGCAGUAUUUACCAUUUGGUAUAGUCGCCGCGCGUAUGAGCGAUCCCGCGGCGAGCUGAUCACUACAAUCUAUGCCAAAACCCUGACUAGAAAGUCUCAGGGCUUUCAACCUCCAGAGAAGGAUUCGCAACACGAAAAUGGCAAUGGUCUCAACGGUGACGAGGCGAAAGAGGGUCGCUUUACUCGUUUCCUCAUCUGGCUGAAACUUCGCAAGGGCCGCCAACAGAAGACCACUGCCGCCAAGCCCCCAGCAUCCAUGGGCAAGAUCUUGAACCUGAUGCGGAACGAUUGCUAUGAGGUAGCGCAGCGAUUCUGGGAUUGUCCAGCGCUCAUUACGAAGCCAUUUCAAUUUGCCUUUUCCCUAUACUUGGUGUGGAAAUUCCUUGGAUGGUCGUGCUUUGUCGGUCUUGCCUGGGUUGUGGCUAUUCAACUUCUUGGCGCUCUGAGUGUCAAACAAUUCAUUGCAAGGGAGAAGCUUCGAAGAGUUGCUACAGACAAUCGACUGCAGACCACGUCGCAGUUUGUCGAGGCGAUCCGACACUUGAGGUGGUACGACUGGCAGGGGAAAUGGCUGGACAAGAUCAUGGUUGCUAGAAAUCAUGAAUUGCACGUAAGGGUCAUUACCGGACUCUGGGCGGCGCUUCUCGGGACCAUCAACAUCUCUGCCGGCGCCAUGUUUCCGGUUGUCACUUUCUUUGCUUAUACAUACCUCGCGGGCAACGCUUUGACCGUCGAUGUAGCAUUCCCUGCUCUGCUAUUGUUCAACAUGCUAGAGACUAGCUUGAAGGAGCUUCCAGGUCUGGUGAUGAUGGUGAUCAAUGCCUCUAUUGCAAUUGGUCGUCUCGAAUCUUUUAUGGCAGAGCCGGACAAGGAUGAAGGGUUUUCCAAUGAGGAAUCCACUGAUAUUGAAUUCCGAGACACCUCGUUCUCUUGGCCAGGAACCAAUAAUAUUGUCCUGAAGGAUAUCAAUGUCAAUUUCACCACAGGGCUAACCGUGAUCCUCGGACCGGUAGGCUCGGGCAAAUCAGCGCUUUUACAAGGAAUCCUCGGAGAAUUGGAUAGACAAUCUGGGGAUUGUACUCUGCCAAGUGAAAUGGUUGGCUACUGUGCCCAAUCGCCAUGGCUCCAGCAUAUGAGCAUAAGAGAUAAUAUUCUCUUUUCUUCGCCCUACGAUCCUGAGCGAUACAAGCGGGUCAUCGACACCUGUGCGUUGACGCCUGAUCUCGCCAAUUUUGAACACGGAGACCUUUCUUUCAUCGGAGAAAAUGGAAUCGGACUGUCUGGAGGCCAAAAGGCUCGAGUAGCACUUGCUCGGGCAGUAUACAGCCAGUCGCGCAUAUUGCUCCUUGAUGACCCUUUGGCUCCUCUAGACCACAAUACUGCCGAGUCCAUUGUACAAAAACUAUUGCGCGGAAGCUUGGUUGAGGGUCGAACCGUCAUUCUUGUGACCCACCGCGUCGAUCUGGUAACCCAUCUUGCAGAUCAAGUGGUUGAAAUCCAUGAUGGACGUGCCCGCAUACUGGACCCUGAGGAAAUUCCGCAGGAUCUUUUAGCUUCAGCCAAGGCAGCUGAGGAGAAUGGACAAGAUUCUCAUGACACACAGGCAUCAGAUGAAGAACAAGGCGCCGCAAUUCGUGACAAGUUCAUUGAAGAAGAAUACCGAAAAUCUGGCGGUGUAGUUCUUUCGGUCUACUGGACCUACAUCAAGGCUGGACGACUAAGAUAUUGGGCUAUUUUGGUCAUCAUCUUCACCCUGUUCCGCGUUGCCCGUAUACUCAGUGGAUGGUUCCUCAAGGCAUUCGCGGAAGGAUACAAUCAUGAGUCUGCUAGUCUUUUGCAUCAAGCUGCUUUUACUGCAAGCACUGUAGAUGGAUCUUUCGCGGACCAUCUCUUCGACAGACUCCCCUCUCCUAGCGAAAAUGUCGGUCCGUGGCUACUAUUGUAUCUUGGCAUUGCUCUUCUGAUGACUGUUCUGUUUGGAAUCACUGAGCUCUCCCUGCUCUUGAUCAUGUAUAUCGCGGCAAAAAGCCUCUUUGUAAAGGUGAUCACCCGGGUCAGCAACGCAACGUUCCGAUUCUACGACGUUACUCCCAUCGGCAGGUUGAUGAACCGAUUGACCUCGGAUAUCGGAAUGCUAGAUGGCGGAAUCAUCUCACCUCUACAGAGUAUGGCCUUCUUUUUAUUGACCUGGCUGAGUGCUUUGGUCAUCAUUGCUUUUGUCACGCCUGUCUUCUUUUUCUUUGCUAUUCUCAUGACAGCAAGCUUUGUGUAUAUAUUUCUCAAGUUUCUCCCCGCUUCACAAAGUCUGCGCCGGCUCGAGAUGGUGUCCUUGAGUCCGCUCAUGUCAAAUUUUGGCAUCCUGCUCGAUGGACUAGCGACAAUCCGUGCCUUCAAGGCGCAGCCCAACUUCCAGGACCGUAACAUUGUCGUGACCGAUGCUUUCCAGCAAAAAGAUCAUUUCUACUGGUCGCUCCAGUCGUGGUUGAUGUACCGUUUCGACUCGCUUUCGGCGUUCUCGACCUUCAUCCUGACCAUGAUUGCUUUGCACAAUGGGUUAUCAUCUGGGUUGACGGCCUUUGUUCUGACUACAGCUGCACAAUUUGUCGAUGCCACGCAUAUGUUAUGCAAGGUAUAUGGACAACUACAAAUGGAUUUUGUCUCAGUCGAGCGUGUCAUUGAGCUGCUGGAGCUCGAAGAGGAACCAGUUGGAGAUAUUGAUCCGCCCGCUUCGUGGCCGGCAUACGGGGACGACAUCAAGUUCGAGGACGUCACACUCAAAUACGCUCCGCAUCUCGAGCCUUCGCUAUCGGAUGUCACCUUUACCAUCCCGGGCGGCGCCACGUGCGCGUGUCUUGGACGAACAGGCUCGGGUAAGUCCACGCUGGCCCUGGCCCUCCUGGCAACGCUGCGACCGGAGAAGGGCAGCAUCAAGGUGGGCGGCCUGGACAUUUCCCAGGUCAACGUGCACACGUGGCGGCAGCGCGUGAGCUUUGUGGCGCAGGACCCCGUCCUGUUCCCGGGCACGCUGCGGCAGAACCUGGACCCGCUCGAGGAGCACACGGACGCCGAGUGCACCACGGUGCUGCACCGGAUCCUGGGGCCCGAGUGGUCGCUGGCCUCGCACGUGGACACGGGCGGCAAGAACCUCAGCCAGGGUGAGCGCCAGCUCGUGGGUAUUGGCCGCGCCGUGCUCCGCCGCAGUCCCGUCGUCAUCCUCGACGAGGCCACGGCCUCGAUUGACCGUGCCACCGCCCUUGCCAUCCAGGACGUGCUGCGCGACGAGCUCAAAGAGUCCACCGUCAUCACUAUUGCCCACCGCCUCGAGGCCGUCAAGGAUGCCGACUGGUUUGUCCGGCUCGAUGCCGGCCGCGUCGUCGAGUGCGGUCCGGCCAAGGAUAUACAGCGUUAG